ACGAUGCAUAACUGUGGCAGGCAUUUUGUUUAAUAGUAAUGGUGAGUCUGAGGUGAUCUGUCCUUGACAUAGGAAUACACUGGAUUGUAUACAUCUCUAAAUACUUCUGCAAUAUGUCAGACCUAAGAGAAUCAAUGGGGAUUUAUUGUGUUUUUCUGCUGCUGCCUUGCCUUUGGAAUCUUGUUUCUGGACAAAUCAUCUACUCUGUUGCAGAAGAAUCAGAUCAGGGGACCUUUGUUGGAAAUAUAGCUAAGGAUUUGCAUCUCAGUGUCCAAGAACUAGAAUCUCGUAUGUUUCGGAUUGUUUCUGGAUCCAAGAAGCGGUAUUUUGAGGUAAAUUUAAACACUGGCAUUCUGUUUGUUAAUGAAAGAAUCGACAGAGAGGAGCUGUGCCCUAAUACUCUCACCUGCUCUGUAAAUUUAGAAGCUAUUGCUGACAAUCCAUUAAAUUUAUACCGUGUUAAAAUAAGUAUUUUGGAUAUCAAUGACAAUUCACCCGUGUUCCCUGUUAAAUCACUGCAGUUAGACAUUGCUGAGUCAACGUUGCCAGGAGCACGAUUUCCAUUGGAGAGUGCUCAUGAUCCAGAUAUAGGCACCAACUCUGUAAAUACAUAUGAAAUCAGUCCUAAUGAAUACUUUAUUCUAGAUUUACAGACUGAUAGUGAUCAAAGUAGAUCUGCUGAGUUGAUUCUACAGAAAGCUUUAGAUCGAGAGACACAGCCUCUGAUUCAACUUGUGCUGACAGCUAUUGAUGGAGGAAACCCACCUCAAUCUGGAACCUCACUGGUUAUUGUGAAAGUGUUGGAUAUCAAUGACAAUGCACCUGUUUUUAGCAGUUCAGUCUAUAAGGUCAGUGUAUUUGAAAAUGUAACACAUGGAUCUACAAUAAUGAUGCUCAAUGCAACAGAUAUGGAUGAAGGCAUAAAUGGAGAUAUUGUUUAUUCUUUCAGUAACAAAGUUCUGAAAAACAUUUUAGAUACAUUUGACAUCAAUUCUAACACUGGCAAAAUUACAGUUAUAGAUAAACUGGAUUUUGAGGAAAAUAAUGUUUAUGAAAUUCGUGUUAAAGCUCAGGACAAAGGUCAUAGCCAAAUGGCUGGACACUGUAAAGUGUUGGUUGAAGUGAUUGAUCUCAAUGAUAACGCUCCUGAAAUAACUGUAACAUCUCUUGUGAGCACCGUCAAGGAGGACUCUAAGAGGGGCACAGUGAUUGCUCUCAUUACUGUUUCAGACAAAGAUGGUGGCAACAACGGGAAGGUUAAAUGUCAACUUUCUGGAACCACCCCCUUUAAACUACAAGCCUCCUAUGAAAAUGAUUAUUCUUUAACCCUAGAGGGAGUUCUAGAUCGAGAAAGUGUAUCUGAGUACAAUAUCACUAUUACAGCAACAGAUGAAGGAACUCCUCCACUUUCCAGCUCCAAAGUUAUCAGUGUCCACGUUUCAGAUGUAAACGACAAUGCACCACUUUUCCCACAGUCUCCUCUUGAGGUUUAUUUAAAGGAAAACCGUCCAAUUGGAUCUCUUAUAUUCACUGCGUCUGCGUCUGACGCCGAUGUAAACGAGAAUGCUCAAGUGACAUACUCUUUAUUAGAAUCUGUAAUCCAGGGAGUACCAGUCUCUACUUUAAUUAAUGUGAACUCUGUGAGUGGGGAAAUCUAUGGAAUGAAAUCUUUUGAUUAUGAGGAAUGUAAAACAUUCCAGUUUCAUAUUGAAGCUAAGGAUUCUGGUUCCCCUUCACAAAGCAGCAACAUGACUGUGAACCUGUUUAUUCUUGAUGACAAUGACAAUACUCCUGAGAUUCUCUUGCCAUAUUCUAACCUCGGCCUCACUAAUACUGAAAAUAUCCCAUACUCUGCUAAUGCUGGAUAUUUUGUUGCCAAGAUACGGGCUUUUGAUGCUGAUUCUGGAUACAACGCAUGGCUUUCUUAUCACAUUGUGGAACCCAAAAGAACCGAUCUUUUCAGUGUAAGUCUUUACUCUGGGGAAAUUAGAACAAAACGAAUUUUGGGAGAUAAUGACCCCAAAGAACAGAAUUUGGUAAUUGUGGUUCAGGACAACGGAGAACCACCGUUAUCAGCCACUGUGACCCUGACUAUACUGGUUAGCGACAGCACUCAAGAACAGCAUUCAGAAUUCAGGCAAAUGCCAACAAAGGACAAUGAUUUCUCGGAUUUAAAUUCAUAUUUACUCAUCUCAAUUGUCUGUAUAUCAAUUAUAUUUUUAUUGACUCUUCUUACUUUCAUUGUCAUUAAAUGCCAGAGGACACAGAACAGUUUGAACAGGUAUAGCACACCUAUGAUUUCCUCUUACCCUGAUGGAACCUGGGGUUAUUGUAAAACCCAGCGCUGUGACGUGCGUCUAAGCUCAGAGACUUCAAAGAGCGAGUUCGUGGUUUGUAACACCCAGUUUGGGAAUCAAAAUGGGGAUAAUAUAUAUAACAACGGGACAAACUCAAUUAAACAGGCUGAGCUGAUUGGAAACCAAGUCAUCAUUUCAAACAUGGAGGUAAGCUAA